UCUUUCUUGCCGUGGACGACACAUGGACGAUCGUGUCGUUGGUCGGGCGUGUCUGAACCCUGAACUGCAGCUUGUCUCUCUGCUUCUGCUUCUGCUUCUGCUUCUGCUUCGGACGCUGUCGCUCGGUUCUGAAUCAGAGAACGAAAAGCAUUAGAAAAUGGCAGACACAGAAGACAUUCAGGCCCUUGUUGUCGAUAAUGGAACUGACAUGGUUAAGGCUGGUUUUGCUGGAGAGGAUGCUCCAAGGGCUCUCUUUCCCAGUAUUGUUGGUCAUCCGAGGCACACGGGUGUCAUGGUCGGUAAGGGCCAGAAAGAUGCUUAUGUUGGACAUGAGGCCCAGUCUAAGAGGGGUAUUCUUACCUUGAAGUAUCCUAUAGAGCAUGGAAUCGUUAGCGAUUGGGAUGAUAUGGAGAAGGUCUGGCAUCACACUUUCUAUAAUGAGCUUCGCGUGGCUCCCGAAGAACACCUGGUGCUCCUUACUGAAGCACCCCUCAACCCUAAAGCAAACAGGGAGAAGACAACACAGAUCAUGUUUGAAACAUUUAAUGUCCCUGCUAUGUAUGUUGCCAUACAAGCUGUGCUCUCCCUAUACGCCAGUGGUCGUACUACAGGAGUUGUGCUAGAUUCUGGUGAUGGAGUUAGCCACACGGUUCCAAUCUAUGAAGGUUUUGCACUGCCCCAUGCCAUCCUUCGGCUUGACCUUGCUGGGCAAGAUUUCACAGAUGCUCUGAUGAAGAUCUUGACAGAGAGAGGUUAUUCAUUCACCACAACAGCAGAACGUGAAAUUGUCAGGGACAUUAAGGAGAAGUUUGCUUACGUGGCUCUCAACUACGAGCAGGAGCUUGAAACUGCUAAAAGCAGUUCAGCAAUUGAGAAAAGCUAUAAGUUACCUGAUGGACAGGUAAUAACAAUUGGAGCUGAGCGUUUCCGAUGUGCUGAAGUCCUAUUCCAACCAUCGCUUAUUGGAAUGGAAGCACCUGGAAUUCAUGAGACCACGUACAAUUCAAUCAUGAAAAGUGAUGUCGACAUCAGGAAAGACCUGUAUGGGAACAUCGUGCUUAGUGGUGGAUCUACUAUGUUUCUAGGAAUAGCUGACCGCAUGAGUAAGGAGAUCACCGCUCUUGCACCAAGCAGUGUCAAGAUCAAGGUUGUAGCUCCUCCAGAAAGAAAAUACAGUGUUUGGAUUGGAGGGUCCAUUCUUGCUUCUCUUAGCACGUUUCAGCAGAUGUGGAUAUCAAAGGGAGAGUACGAUGAAUCUGGCCCAUCCAUUGUCCACAGGAAGUGCUUCUAGAUAUGUAGUUGCAAUUUAUGAGGCUGCCUUUACUCCCCCUCCCCGCACGCCCUGCGCCCUCUUCUUUUCUUCCCCAAAACCUCCCUGCAUUUUGUGGCUUUGGAUUGUGAGAGUGGGCAGAUGGUAUUUGGCUUGGUUGG